CUUCUUAUCGGUUGGUUAAGGGGACUGUAGACUGGAGCGGAAGCUCAGUGUUGUCCUUCCUUCUGCCCGAGUCUCAGGAUGAGGAUCGGUCGCAGCUUGUCUGUAUGUCUCUGAUCAUAUCACACCAGCAGUUCCUCUCCCACCUCCCGAAUGCAGAUUAACAGGCAUGCCAAAGGAAAAAUAUGAUCCUCCAGACCCACGCAGAUUAUAUACCAUCAUGUCAGCCGAGGAAGCAGCCAGUGGGAAGAAGUCACACUGGACCGAGUUGGAGAUUUCUGGGCGGGUCAGAAGUCUAAGCAGCUCACUAUGGACGCUGACCCAUCUGACUGCUCUCCACAUCAACAACAACAACCUGAGCCGGCUUCCUCCUGAAAUCGCAAAGCUACCCCAUCUCGUCUACCUAAACCUGUCCUCCAACAAACUGCGCAGCCUGCCAGCAGAACUCGGCAACAUGGUGACUCUCAGGGAAUUGCUUUUGAACAACAAUUGUUUACGAGUUUUGCCUUAUGAACUUGGUCGGUUGUUCCAGUUGCAAACCCUUGGACUCAAAGGUAAUCCAUUGUCCCAAGAUAUACUCAACCUGUAUCAGGAGCCUGAUGGAACAAGGAAAUUGUUAAAUUACAUGCUUGACAAUCUUGCAGUCCACCCAGAACAACUCCCCCAAAGACCUUGGAUCACUUUGAGGGAGCGAGACCAAAUGAUGCCCACAGCUGUGUUCACAGUAAUGUGCUACAACGUACUGUGCGACAAGUAUGCAACAAGACAGUUGUAUGGCUACUGUCCCUCAUGGGCCCUUAACUGGGAGUACAGGAAGAAGGGCAUCAUGGAGGAGAUCACUAACUGUGAUGCUGACAUCAUUAGCCUGCAGGAGGUGGAAACAGAGCAGUACUACACUUUCUUUCUGGAAACACUGAAAGAGCGUGGAUAUGAUGGCUAUUUCUGUCCAAAGUCUCGUGCCAAACUCAUGUCAGAACAGGAGCGGAAACAUGUGGAUGGCUGUGCUGUGUUCUUUAAGACCGACAAAUUUGCUCUGGUGCAGAAACACACAGUGGAGUUCAAUCAGGUUGCCAUGGCAAACUCAGAGGGUUCAGAGGUUAUGCUAAACAGAGUCAUGACCAAAGAUAACAUCGGAGUAGCUGUCCUGUUGGAAGUGAAGAAAGACUUGUUUGCUAGUGGUUUAAAGCAGCCUUCAGAGAAACAGCUCCUGCUGGUAGCUAAUGCCCACAUGCACUGGGAUCCGGAGUACUCCGAUGUGAAGCUCAUCCAGACAAUGAUGUUCCUGUCUGAGCUAAAGAGCAUCGCUGAGAGGGCAUCGGGAUCCAUCAACUCUGCAUCACCCACGUCAGACACCAGCUCCAUCCCGAUCGUCCUGUGCGCUGACCUCAACUCACUCCCAGACUCUGGUGUGGUGGAGUACCUGAGUAAUGGUGGAGUUGCAGAAAAUCACAAAGACUUUAAGGAACUGCGUUACAGCGAUUGUAUAACCAACUUCAGUUGCAACAGUAAAAAUGGCAAGCCUGAUGGCAGCAUCACGCACAGUUUCCUGCUGAAGAGUGCCUAUGAGGGGAAUCUCAUGCCCUACACCAACUACACUUAUGACUUCAAGGGUGUGAUUGACUACAUUUUCUUCUCUAAGACACACAUGCGUGUUCUGGGCGUUCUGGGUCCACUGGAGACUCAGUGGCUGAAAGACAACAACAUAACGGGCUGCCCCCACCCACACAUCCCUUCUGACCACUUUUCCCUCCUGGCUCAGCUGGAGUACCAACCGCCCUUACCCCCCAUCAACGGGUUGCAUCUGCCUGUCCACAGGUAGUGCAGCCCCGCUUCCCCUACUCCUCUAAAUCCCCAAACCAUGGACGAACCCCUAUGAUGAGCCCCUACAAAUAUAGGCACACACAUUAAGGAGUGAAGUACUCACCUACUUUGUUCCUUUUUAACCUUUGCACAGGAUUAUAUGAUCUUAUUAUUAUGUUUUCCAACCUGAAAACAAAUGCUUAAUACCAAAUUAGGGUUGGGAUUCUCUGUUUGGUACCAAACAAACGCUGCUUUCAGGGAAAUCCAUCUGUUUGUCUGAAUUUAAAUGUGAGAUUGUAUAAGCCAUGUGUCAGUAUUUGGAUGCUAGGAAUGUGUAACUUAAGGGAAGGCCGAUCAUGUAGCAUAACAAUGUCCACACGAGUGUUACAAAAACUUUGAUUCAAUGAGCAUCCUCUUUUAAAUUCCCCUUCAGCGUCUUUAAAUAUUUAUGAUGCCAUUCAAAUUCGGAAAUUUCCCAGUACAAAAAACGAAACAAAAUUUGCUCUUCACUGUGCAACAUCAAAUAUUAUAGUAGUGACCGCAUCCUGUGCAUUACAAAUUCAAGUUCCCCCAUUUAACAUUACUGCAGGAUGGAUUUGCAUUAAGGAUUAUAAAGUGAAAAGCUGAAGUAAGGUUGGAAUUUUCAACAAUGUGUUAUUAAUUGAAAAUUAUUAAUAGUGCAAUGUAAAGUAUUAUGAAAACUUGUCUUUAAGUCCAAAAUGUACACUAUUAAAGAGGAUCCCAGCCCUACUCAUUAUAACCCAGCUGUGCUGUUUUCUCUUGCUGCUUGCAUUGGCAUCUAAAUCACAUUACCGUACUGAUGUAUAUUUACACAAUAUACUCAUCACUCCCUGCCUCAGUGAUGUCAUCAUGCCAGCGGGCGUCUCCAAACAAUCUCUGAAUGGCAGGUGAUUGACAUUGAGACAAUUUAUAAUUGCUACAGAACACUACUUAGGAGUUUAAGGCAUAGUUCACCCAAAAAUGACUCAAACCUCUAUGCUUUUAUUUUUUAAUUUUGGGGUGAACUUUGUCUUUAACUAUAAUUCAGACUAAUUCAGCUUAGUCCAGUUGUUUCGUAUUUGUUUCAGUGGUAAUGGAUUGUCAGCUGCAUUGGUACAGAAUGAAUGUUAAUUUAUGUUUAGAAAUGUCAUUUUGUGUUUUGUUGGAGAAGAGAGAUGACAAGAAAUGUCAUUUUAUUUGUUUGGCACAACUAAGAGCAUUUCCAUAGUUGGAGGCCUUUCUCAUUGUUAUGUUUUAAUGGUUUUCAAGGUUGGCAAGACAUAAUCAUUUGCUAAAUUUAUCUAAAAGCUGUAAUACACUUCACAACUUUUAAAAUUGAAACACAUUUUUAACAAAUAAACUUGUGUUCUUCCGAA